AUUCUUAGCGAAGGAGUCGCAUGUAUGCAUUCACACACCCACACAGACACACAACCUCACACACCCAUUUACUCUAUUAUGUCAUAUGAUUGCUGCAGUGGGUGUUGGUAGUGAUGUGGUCACAUGACUUUCAAUAAAUGGGAGUGAAGUGGAUCAUUUAAGGGAGUCUGGAUCAGGCAGACAGCAGAUCUGUUGGGGGAGUCUGGAUCAGGCAGACAGCAGAUCUGUUGGGGGAGUCUGGAUCAGGGACCGUGAAACAGGGGGGACAACCGACAGGGAAUACAAGUGGAUGAUCUAGACAACUUACACAUUCCAGGGAACGAAGUAGCUUUGGACAUCUCAGACCUUUCUGGAAAAGUCCAGAAAGACCACAACUCCUUAAAGAAUCUAAAACCAACCGACCAAGCUCAACCCACCACCCAGAAGAUCUAGCUCCUGAGGGUCAUCACUUCCAUCAUGCACUGAUCCACUUACUAUUAAGGAAACAAAUCAAGUUAGGUUUCACUAUUAAUUUCUAAGCUGACCAAAAAAUAUGAUUCAGACUGAGUCUGAAUUCACCAAACUACGAUGGUGGGUUACCAUCCUCGGUCUGCUCUUCUACUUGGCGGACAUUUUGACAGAUGUAGCUUUAUCAGUGAGCUUCUUCCGAGGAGAGUACCUUCUGUGGGCCGGACUGACUGUGCUGUUUGUGGUGGUCGGAUCAAUGGUCACACAGAUCUUUAGCUACACCUGGUACAGAGACGACAUGAGAAACACGCUGGUCCAAACAGGAACAUACCAGAAGAUGGGUGGGCUGGUUGGAAUCCACGUCACACAGAUGGGAAUGUUCAACAGGUAUUACUGGCUUUUGAGGAUGGGGCACAGGGUGUUGUGGUCCAGACCACCCGUCCCUGUUGACGACUCCAGGGAUUUCCACCUGCACCUGUUUGGCCAAGCAGCUGAUCUGAGCAUGCUCAAACUGUUUGAGACGUUCCUAGAAAGCAGCCCUCAACUCCUACUCCAGUUGUACAUCAUGCUGAGCAGCAAUCACUGGUCCAUGCUGCAGUGUGUCAGCAUGGCCUUCUCAUUGGUUAAUAUUGCCUGGGCUCUAGUUGACUAUCGCAGGUGUCUUCGUCGCUCCUUGUCUAAGGUCCGGGAGAUGCCCUGUGGUUUCCCCACGCUGUUCUACUUCCUCUACAAGCUCUUCACCAUCACCUCACACAUCCUCUGCAUCAGCCUCUUCCUGGUCGUCAGUCCGUUCAGCCUCCUGGGUCUGGCCGGCCUGGGCCUGGCUGGGACACUGUGGGCCUGUCAGGUCCAGACUGACUUCUGUAAAUCUAAAUCCCUGGAGGUGCUGUACAGGAUAGUGGUGGGGAUCAUCCUCGUAUUCACCUUCUUUAACGUGAAAGGGCAGAACACCAGGGGCCACAUGUCUGUGUACUAUCUGCUCUAUGGGCUGGUGAACUUCUCCGGUCCCUGUCUGUUGAUUCUGGUGAAGCCAGAUAUGGGGGCCAAGGAGUUCUUCUGGCCCAUGACUGGGGUGAUAUUCGGAGGGACCCUUCUAGGGCUGGGCUGUCUGUGCCUGUUUUACAGCUGUCUUCAUCCCACUGGGAACCCCAUGGAGGCGGAUGAGGUCGAUGGAUCCAUGGACCAGGACGACGAAGCAGAGAAGCCAGAGACCCAGACGAGGAUCAGGAGUUUCCUACAGCUUUAAGCCUCUUAUUUAGCUUAUUAUUGUUUAACUUGUACUUUCAACAGACAAUUUAAAAUGCCACUCAGUGAUACAAAAAAGUGGUUACUAAUCACAUUUCUUUAAGACGACCAAUUUAAGCAAUGUGCGGGGGAAAUGUAACUGCUAAAACAAACUCUGGUUGGUGAGUCUGUUUCGUAAAACAUACGAAGACAUGCUAUACCUACCUAUUAGCUGUUGUAACCGACACAUUUUAUUCUUGGUGCUGUAGGAUGUGGUCACUUUGCUGUAGGAUAUGGUCACUUUGCUUUAGGAUGUGGUCACUUUGGCCUAAUGUUAUGUAGUCAGAUAAUAUUCUCACACUGAGUUGCAGCUGACACACACACACACAAACAAACUUGACACUCCUUUCCAAAGCGAGCGAGAGACUUCCCCUUUGCUGGGAAGGUUUUGUUUACUUCUUGUGACGUCACAUCAUAUGACUGUUCUCAUGCACCCUUUGGGGAUCAAAGUCCUCUCCCUCCUUAUCUCCUCAUCUCCUUUCCUUAUCUCCUGCCCCAGUGAAGGAAUUGAGCAGGUUAAAGUUGGUCCAGUACCCACAGCAGGAGAAUGUAAUGUAAAAUAUACCUCAGAGAAUUCAAGAUGUGCAACGCAAGUACAGUACACCAGGGGGCACUGUUGUCUCACAUUUCAGGUCAUUGCCACUGAACGUUCUGGCCUUCUAGAAUAACGUGAAGAGGAAGAUUCUGGUGUGGACUUACUUCUCGUGGACUCUUUUAUCAACCUGGCAACAACUAACUUAAAGAUUUAUUUAAUGACGAACUUUAGCUUUCCACAGUUCCUGAUAGCUCUCCUGUGUCUCCAUGGUUACCUAUGUUAGUAUUCAUCAAGCAAAUAUAAUGUAUUUAACUGUAAAAUGUUUAAUAAACUAUCUUCUCAAUUGCUCUCCUUAUCGAGAUGAAAAAUGGCAUAUGUGAAAACAAGCUCAGAAAAACCCAGUGCUGUUUGAGGACUUCCCAUGCCAAAUAAACACAACAAACCAGA